AUGUCGACCCUUCAACAAAUCUUCUGUCUCUUCUUCUUAAUCCUGCUCCCUCCCUUAGUUUCGGGAGACUGCACGUGCGACUCCGACGACGGAGAGCGCGACAAGCACCAGGCUCUGGAGUACAAACUUGCCGCCAUCGCUUCCAUACUCAUCGCCGGCGCAAUCGGCGUCUGUAUUCCAAUACUGGGUAAGACUAUUCCGGCCUUGCGACCCGAGAAGGGCGUGUUUUUCAUUAUAAAGGCGUUCGCUGCCGGCGUGAUAUUGUCGACCGGGUUCAUCCACGUGCUUCCCGACGCUUUCGAGAGCUUGACGUCGCCGUGUCUCGACGAGAAGCCGUGGCGGACGUUUCCGUUCGCGGGGUUCGUGGCGAUGACGUCGGCGAUCUUGACUCUGAUGGUUGAUGCCUUUGCGACGUCGUAUUACAGGAGCUCCGGCUUCAAUAGCGGCGCUCAAGGAGGGGUUGAGGACGCGGAGAAGGCGGGUGACAUGCACGUUCACGCUCACGCUCACGCAACGCAUGCCCAUGGCCCCGCUUCUUUCGUUGACGAUUGUACUUCGUUGGACCUUCUUCGGCAUCGAGUCGUAUCGCAGGUUUUGGAAUUGGGAAUUGUGGUACAUUCAGUGAUAAUUGGAAUUUCUCUGGGUGCUUCUCAAAGUCCAAAAACAAUAAGGCCUCUUGUAGCUGCAUUGACCUUUCAUCAAUUCUUUGAAGGCAUGGGACUUGGUGGAUGCAUCUCUCAGGCAAAAUUCAAGAUCCGAACUACAUCAAUUAUGGUGCUAUUCUUCUCCCUUACAACACCAAUUGGGAUUGCAAUUGGAACAGGAAUAUCCAACGUCUACAACGAGAACAGCCCCACUGCCUUGAUUGUUGAAGGAAUUCUGAAUGCAGCAUCAGCUGGGAUCUUAAUCUACAUGGCUCUUGUUGAUCUUCUAGCGGUUGAUUUUAUGAACCCUAGGAUGCAAGCCAAUUUACGCCUUCUAAUUGGGGCUAAUGUCUCUCUUCUUGUUGGGGCUGGUAGUAUGUCUCUCCUCGCCAAAUGGGCUUGAGUUUCGGCAUAUCUUUCAACUCUUCCGUCAAAAUUCAGAGCGAGCUUCAGUUGGAUACACUAAA